CACAAGGCUAAGAAGAAGAAAUGGUAGUCGGUCGUCAAAUAAUACAAUUCAUGCAGUUACUUCACAACGUUGAGCUUCAAAAUUCAACAUUUUCUUCCACAAAGUUGUUUAUGUGUCGGCUAAGUAUCAUGCUGUUGUUUUCUUAUUGCAACAAACAAGAUAAACUAUACAUACUUUCAGUGGGCGCUUCACUCGUGACAUGUUUUUACUAAUUUAACAUUCCCACAAUGGCCGCGGCUUUACCUUGAUAACCUCUUUCCCUUUGACGUACAGCUCGAUGUCUCUGGCUCCCAAAUGACAUUUCACUUCUUUAGCAGACGUUCCGGGAGGAACGUUGACUUCGACAAAGACCUCCUCCAUAGUUUGGCUCCAUGAGCCCCAGCUUGUCUGACAGGGGACCACGCCGCUCUUCUCGUCGAAGUGUACCGACAUGUCGCGGAUUGAAAUCGAUAUUUCGGCUGUAGAGUUUAGCUAACUCGACUUCAAAUGAGAGGAUAUACUCAGACAACAUCACACGCAUUCUGGAUCGACUUUUGGAUGGUUAUGACAACCGACUACGACCCGGAUCCGGAGGUGGCAUUACUGAAGUGAAAACAGAUAUCUUUGUUACAAGCUUUGGACCUGUGUCAGAUGUUGAUAUGGAAUACACCGUGGACAUGUUCUUUCGACAGAUGUGGGUGGAUGAAAGGCUGAAAUUUGAGGGUCCCAUUGAAAUCCUGCGGUUGAACAACCUCAUGGUAGACAAGAUCUGGACCCCGGACACGUUUUUCCGCAACUCCAAAAAGUCAAUUUCACACAACAUGACCACACCCAACAAGCUUUUUCGUAUUAUGCAAAAUGGAACCGUCCUCUACACAAUGAAACUGACAGUAAGUGCAGAAUGUCCGAUGAGACUUACGGACUUCCCCAUGGAUGGUCACGCUUGUCCUCUCAGGUUCGGCAGCUAUGCCUACACCAGCAAGGAAAUAGUUUUCACUUGGAGGAAGGGUCCAGUAGCGUCUGUGGACUGUCCCAAAGAGUCCAUGAGUCUUUUGCAGUAUGAUCUGGUGGGACAGACUUUGUCCAGUGAGCUCUUCAAGUCAAACACAGGUCACUACUCUGUGCAGGUGGUCCAUUUCCACCUGCAGAGGAAGCUGGGAUAUUACCUCAUUCAAACGUACAUCCCACUCAUCAUGGUCGUCGUGCUGUCGCAAGUUUCUUUCUGGAUCAACAAGGAGUCCGUUCCUGCACGGACGGUGGCUGGUAUCACCACAGUACUGACAAUGACCACCCUGAGCAUCAGCGCCCGCCAGUCCCUGCCCAAAGUGGCCUACGCCACAGCCAUGGACUGGUUCAUCGCCGUGUGUUUUGCCUUUGUGGCGUCGGCCCUGGUGGAGUUUGCGGCCGUCAACUACUUUGCCACGCUGCAGGCCCACCACCUGAAGAAGAACAAAGCCCGCCAAGACAAGCUGGAGGUUCUCGCGACCGCUAGUGACGAUGAAGACACAAUUUCGCAGUCCACCUCCAGCCCUCAAGAAGGCCUCAAGAGGAGAAACCACUCCAUGUGUCCCAGCGAACCAGCAGAGGCUCCGCCCCUGCCGAUAUUCCUCCAACAGGGCUCUGCUUUUCCGCAAAUUCCGCAGCUGGCCGGGACCAGCCCCAUCGACAAGUACGCCCGCAUCCUCUUCCCCCUCACCUUUGCACUCUUCAACCUCGUGUACUGGUACAUCUACUUGGCCAAGGACACCAUGGAGAGAGCCAGCGUGAAGGACCUGAAGGAUCCCAGCAACAUGCCUCUGGUCAAAGAGACCGUGGACAGGCUCAUGAAGGGAUACGACAUUCGAUUGAGGCCCGAUUUUGGAGGUGCACCAGUGGCCGUGGGCAUGAAUAUAGACAUAGCCAGCAUAGACAUGGUGUCUGAAGUCAACAUGGACUACACAUUGACGAUGUACUUCCAGCAAGCAUGGCGGGAUAAGCGCCUCUCCUAUUCCGAGAUCGCCUACAACCUCACUCUGGAUAACCGAGUGGCCGACCAGCUUUGGGUCCCGGACACGUACUUUCUCAACGACAAGAAGUCCUUCGUGCACGGCGUCACCGUCAAGAACAGGAUGAUCCGACUCCAUCCCGACGGCACCGUGCUUUAUGGACUCAGGAUCACCACGACCGCAGCCUGCAUGAUGGACCUGCGCCGUUACCCUCUCGAUGAGCAAAACUGCACCCUGGAGAUUGAAAGCUAUGGUUACACUACAGAUGAUAUUGAGUUUUACUGGCGAGGAGGAGAGGGCGCGGUGUCCGGCGUGGACAGGAUAGAGCUACCGCAGUUUUCCAUCGUGGACUAUAAACUCAUCUCCAAGAACGUGGUCUUCUCCACAGGUUCCUACCCCCGCCUGUCCCUCAGCUUCAAACUGAAGAGGAACAUUGGUUACUUCAUCCUGCAGACAUACAUGCCUUCCAUCCUGAUUACCAUCCUCUCCUGGGUCUCCUUCUGGAUCAACUACGAUGCCUCGGCUGCCAGAGUGGCCCUGGGCAUCACCACCGUGCUGACCAUGACCACCAUCAACACCCACUUGCGAGAGACGCUCCCCAAGAUCCCCUACGUGAAGGCCAUCGACAUGUACCUGAUGGGCUGCUUUGUGUUCGUCUUCCUCGCCCUGCUGGAGUACGCCUUCGUCAACUACAUCUUCUUCGGCCAGGGUCCGCAGCGGCAGAAGAAAGCGGCCGAGAAAGCGGCCACGGCCAAUAACGAGAAGCUGAGACCCGAUCCCAACAAGUGGCUGGUGGGAAAUGUAGUUCAGAGAGAUGAUGCUCUGUAUGCCAGAAUGAAACAGAGGGAAAUUGACGCGUAUGACUCGAUGUGGGAUCCCAUCUUUGUGGACGAUGCCGCAUUAGGACUAGGCGAGCAAAGAAAUAAGAUGACCCCCGACGACAACAUCUUAUUCAGCACCCUGGAGAUGAAGAACGAAAUGGGUGGCGCCGGGGAUCUGUCUCGGGGCCUGGGAGCGCCCGGAGACCCCCGCAACACCAUGCUGGCCUACGACAGCUCCACGCUGCAGUACCGCAGGGCGGCCAUGGCCCGCCAGAACUAUGGCCACAGCGCCUUGGAACGCCACGCUCAGAAAAAGUCCCGCCUACGGAGACGGGCCUCGCAGCUCAAAGUCAACAUCCCGGAUUUGUCCGACGUGAACUCUAUCGAUAAGUGGUCCAGGAUGAUCUUCCCGACUGUGUUCUCCUUCUUCAACGUGGUCUACUGGCUCUACUACGUUCAUUAAAAGCCGCGGCCAUCUUGAGGCAAGCGUUCCGAUACGGGAAUCGGGGGGGGGGGGGGGGGGGGGAUUAGCUUAAGCGACGGCGUGAGAGCGUGAAUGAGUAGUUCCGGUUCAUUUUAGACGACGUGACAGGAGACCGCAAUGACAUUUUUGGACCGCAGAACGCAGCACCCAACACUUUGGUGACUCUUUCAGCAUUUUUGGGAAACACCUUCAGCGGAUGGGACAAAAAAAAAACAAAAAAAAAAACUUUCAAAAUAAGAGUUUUAAAAAAAGACAGUACUGGUGCCUGUGCCGCAAUUUCAAUAUAUCACUAAUAUUUGUCAUUCGUAGCUUACUCUCUCUGUGGAUCAAAUAUUUAUGCUUGUGUUUGCAUAUACUUUAAGGAUUUGUUUUGUUUAGUAUCUAUUUACUUCGUAGCCGAAGCUGUCUGCAUCCCCGGGAAAAGCUUUAUAAAUGAUUUUAAAAGGAGUCAUCCUUGAUAGUCUAUUUUCCUAGAAUUACUGUAAAUCCCAAAUAUCCUUUAAACAGCAUGCUCAUGUUUGAUUUCAUUUGCAUAUCACUUAUGAGAAGAAGUUUUGUCGGUUGCUUUGGAUAACAAACAGAAGGUGGCGCUAUUUUAAUAAUCAGAGGAACACAAGGAGCCGCACUGUUGGACAAGUUUUUUUUGUUGUUUUUUUUUUGCAGCACGGACCGAAUCAAGUCCAUUUUUAA